GAAGGUCUUCCCAGCUUUUGUGCAAACCUGUGACUUUACUGGUCUUAUGGUGGCCACAAUUUGCGCGGUUUUCGCACCAACGCUGGCACUGGUGAGUCUGGUGUUAUGGAUGAGAGCUGUAUUUCUGGGGUUCAUGCAGUAUCUGGAACCAGCUGAUUUGAGGAGACUCCAGCCAAACUCUCCUGGUUCACGGUAUGCAGAUGAGUCUCCGCAUGACCUGCAAGUGUCAACCUGCGCAUCCUGGAGCAGUGGUCAGGUGAAACACUGCCAGACUGUUCGAUGUGCUUUCCUCCUGGCAGUCUGCGUGGCUUUCUCCGGGCUUGCAGUGAUGUGGGAGGAGUAUGGCUCCUAUGAGGCUUUUGAGAGGGAACUGGACUUCAAAUGGGGUUUCCUGCUCUCUGCAGACACAGGCAAGGCUCCUGUUUGGCUUGGUGAGUUUGGAACCAAUACGGAAUCUCUGUGGUGGAAGCACAUGCUGACGUAUCUGCAGAAGCAUGACCUGGAUUUUGCAUACUGGAGUAUCAAUGGUGAGAAGUACAAUGGUGUAGAUGAGUCCUUUGGGCUUUACAAGGAGAACUUCGUGGACGUUCGACAUCCAUGGAAGCUGCAGCAGCUUCAGACAAUCAUGAACAUCACGGCGGCUUCGUCAGAAAGCGGGGGAAGCAUCUCAUAG